AUGGUUGUUAUGAGUGAAACAUCCAAUAGUAAUAGUUCUAAUUCAAACGAUAAAAUGUCAACAACAACGAGUAAUUCAAAAAAACGAACAUCAUCGGAUGCUGGUUUAGAUUCUCCAGUAUCGGUAAAAGAUAAACGAAUACUUGUAUUUGAACCAUUAAAACUAUUUUGUAUACAAUCAGCGCUUGAUGAAGAUAUUCGUCGAUUAUUAGAACGUUUUGAUACAACAGUUCCAAUGGAGCUAGAACGUGAAGAAGUUAAAUCAUUUAUUCAGCAAUUAAAUACAUGGAUGCGUGAUGAUUUAGAUGAGCAUUUAAAACAACGUCUCGAUUUUUCAACAAAAGCCAUAGCCAAACUUGUUAAAAUAUUUGACAGUCUAUCUGAAAAAUAUCAACGUUUAUUCAGCUCAUUAAAUUCUUCUUCCCCCACUACAGAUUCUUCUGCUACAUCUUCCGGUGAUCAAAACAGUAAAACAAUUACUGACGAUUCAAAAUCUGAACGUUCACCACUAUCAGAUGAAGUGUAUAAAGUCAUAUUAGAACGCAAUUCAGAUUUAGAACAAGAAAAUGAUAGAAUAUUAAGAAUGAAUACAUCAUUACAAAGUCGAAUACAUAAAAUAACACUGCAAUGUUCAGAUUUAUCGAAUCAGUUAGCAUUGCAAGAAGAACAGAAUAUUGAAAAUAAAAGUCAUUUAUCAGAUUUAGAAUAUGAAUUAGAAAAGUCACGAAAUAAAGAAAUGAAAUUAGAACGUUUAUUAUGUGAUGCUGUUUCAAAAUUAGAAACUGAUAAUGUUGUCAAAGAUCAACAAGAAGGAAAAACAACAGUGACUAUACCAGAAAAAUCGUUAACUGAUUUAAAAGCUGAGCUUGAAGAAUGUAAAGAAUUAGCAACAAGUCGAUUAGCUGAACUAGAAAAAUUAACAUCCGAUCAUGAAAUAGCUAAAAAAGAAAUUGAAGAACUCAAAUGUCAACUUUGUGCAUUACCUGAAUCAUUAGUCAUCGAAACACCAGAAUUUAAAUGUAUUCAAUCACGUUAUACAGCAUUAGUCAAUGAAAGUGUGCAUUUAAGACAUCAAUUAGCUGAAACGAGAGAAUUAGUAAAAUGUACAAAAACAAUUUAUGAUCAUCAUUUUGAAAAAAUCGAACAAGAAGAAUUUGAAAAUCAACGAAAAUUACAUGCAAAUAUUGAACAAGUUGUUGAAGAUCUUGCUGAAACGAGACGAGCAUAUGAUGUAUUGCAAGUGGAAUAUGAGAAAACACUUAUUGCCAAUCAACAAGCAGUGCCAAUUACUCGUGAAAUGCGUAGUCUCAUUAGUCAUUUACAAGCUCAGUGUAAAUUACAUAAUUUGGAAGCAUCGAGAUGUAAGAAGCAAUGUAGAGAAAUGGAGGAUGAAUUGGCAAAAUUAAAAGCGAAAAAUGAAAACAGUAAUCAUUCAUCUUUGAUUACCACAAGUCAAUUGAAUGGAUUCAGUGGAACAGAACUGUCAAAUAAUCAUAAUACAACAAAUUCGACAUCAAAAGACGAUGCUCAUCCACUAACACCACAGCUACAACAACAACAUUCUCAUAAAGACGAUUUGAAUCGAUUAAAUACAACAACAGAUGGAAACGAUGAUAGUCGGUUGAAUGAUUUAAUUUGGGAUAUUGGUGAUACAAGUGAAGGAGAAAUUGAAGAAUCAUCAUUAUCGAGAUUAACAUCGGAUGAAAAAGAAGCAGAAAUACAAACGCUAAAAGAUGAAAAUAAGAAGCUAACAGAUUUUGUUAAAGAAUAUAAAAUUUUGUUAACAAUGUAUAGAAGUGCUCCUAAAGAAACACGUGAAAAAGCAAAUUUGAUGACAUCAGAAAAAAAACUUCGUCAAGAAUUAGAUGAUACUAAAACGGAGCUGAAAAAAUUACAAACAUAUGCAAAAACAAUAAGAAAAAAGUUUAAUGAAGAUGAAGCACAAAAUAAGAUUCGAACGUUACAAGAUUCUGUACGAGAAUUAGAAAAAAGUCUUGAAACUCGUAAACAAGAAGAAGCAGCACUUUUAAAUGAAAUUGAAGUUACAGGACAAGCUUUUGAAGAUAUGCAAGAACAAAAUAGUCGAUUAUUACAACAAUUACGUGAAAAAGAUGAUGCUCAUAUUAAAUUGAUGGUUGAACGAGUUAAAUUACAACAGGCUCAAAAAAUAAUGAGUGAUGAAAAAGCUGUAUUAAUACAACAGACAAAUGUUUUACAAGAACAACUUGAUGCACAGAUUGUUAUGAAUCAAAAAUUUGAAGAAACAGUAGCUCUGUUACGUAACAGUGUAUUGAUAUUAGAAAAAGAAUUGAAUAUGAUGCAUCAAACGCUAGACGCUCACAAACGAAAAUCUAUUGAAAGUGCACAAACAUCAGCCGAUUUACGUUUACAUUUGGAACGAUAUCAUGCGCAAUUAAAAGAAGCACAACAACUUGUUGCAGAAAAGACUGAAGCACUUGAGAAACAAAAUUUCAAAAACAGACGUUUACAAGAAGACAAUAAAAAUUGUAGUCGAAAAUUAGAGCGUAUGCGUAAAUUUGAUAUGGCUUCAAAUAAAGACGAAGUAUUAUUAGAAGAAAUACGUGAAUAUAAAGAAAUAUUACGUUGUCCAGCAUGUAAAAAUAAACAACGUGACGCUAUUUUAUCAAAAUGUUUUCAUGUAUUUUGUUACGAUUGUUUGAAAUCCAGAUAUGAUAGUCGACAACGCAAAUGUCCAAAAUGUAAUUUGGGAUUUGCGGUACAAGAUAUACACAAGAUAUAUUUAAGUUGA